GGCUCUCCGAGGAGCGGAAGCGCCUUCAAUGCAGGCUGUGGGCAGGGGCGUGGGCGCACACACACGCCUGGGUGACCUCUGCGUAUAUAGAGAGCCUCCCUGGCCCUGCUGGACAGAGUCCUGGAAAGACAACAUCAGGUCCAGCCCCGGGGCUGCAGGAGCGGAGCCCCCUCUGAAGAGGCAGCCUUGCUGCAGGUUCUUUCUCUCCCAUUCUGAGCCUGGACAGCAGAUGCAGAAUGCUGUCCUCUCCCUGCACGCCGGCACGCUCACGGACUUGCUCCCGUAUCCUGGGGCUGAGCCUUGGGACUGCAGCCCUGUUUGCUGCUGGGGCCAACAUGGCACUCCUCUGUCCUAACUGGGAUGUGACCUACCUGUUGAGGGGCCUCAUUGGCAAGCACGCCAUGCUGGGAACUGGGCUCUGGGGAGGAGGCCUCAUGGUGCUUACUGCUCUGUUGUCAAGUGGCCUGGCUUUACUUGGAGCCCUGAUUUGCUUUGUCACUUCUGGAGCUGCUCUGAAAGAUGGUCCUUUUUGCAUGUUUGACACUUCAUCCUUCAAUCAGACACAAGCUUGGAAAUAUGGUUACCCAUUCAAAGACCUGCAUAGUAGGAAUUAUCUGUAUGACCGUUUGCUCUGGAACUCCGUCUGCCUGGAGCCCUCUACAGCUGUUGUCUGGCAUGUGUCCCUCUUCUCCGCCCUUCUGUGCAUCAGCCUGCUCCAGCUUCUCCUGGUGGUCGCUCACGUCAUCAACAGCCUCCUGGGCCUUUUCUGCAGCCUCUGUGAGAAGUGACAGGCAGAACCUUCUCGUUCAAGCAGGGGUGUUUUCAUCAUUGGUUGCCUGAAUCCUUUCUACAAGGAGUGGGUACAAAUUAUAAACCAACUUUCUCUUUGGGUAUCUCUGGAGAAAUAAUGACAACAAAAUUCACUGCAUGUCGGUUGAAUGACAGAAUGCAUUUUAAAUCACAUUGUAAUCUUCCAGGUGAUCCAUGGAUAGGACAAAUAACUAAGUCUUUAUAAUUGUGUAGGAAUAUGUAGUUCAUAAAAUACCCUCCAGCCAGG